CCUCCUCCGCGCCCGGCCAGGCGGCGGCCUCUCCAGCCAUCACGUAGAUUCCCAGGAAGAGAAGCAGUAGAAGGAAGCCUGGGGGCGCACGGCUCCGGGGCGCAGCAGCACCGCCGGACGCAUGGAGCCCAACGUGCGCUUCUGGAUCACGGAACGCCAAUCUUUUAUUCAGAGGUUUCUUCAGUGGACAGAGUUAUUGGAUCCUACAAAUUUGGUCAUUUCAGUUGGAAAAAUAGAGAAAUCAAGGCAACUAUUGUUAACAAAUGGAGAUGCAGCUAUUCGUGACUUGGAGGACCAAAAGAUACGCGAAGCUUGGAAGAGAAGUCUGUCAGCCGUGCACCCCGACGACAGCAAACUGAUCCCCGUCCCUUUCCGACCUGCAGCUCUCCUGCCUUUCAUGACGCCCAUGGUAUUUUUGUCCCUGGUGCCGGGGAAAAGCCUCAAGUCCAUGAUUUUACCUCAGCUGUCUCUCUGCAGCUACAGCGCAGCAUUCAACAUCAUCAACGGAAACGCCAGUUACAAUCGUCACCUAUAUGAGAGUGUAUUGCUAGGGGCAGGAGCCGUUGCUUCUACAACCUUUUUUGCAUUAGUCCCUCAUUUACUCCUAAUAAAGUAUGAGCUGAAAAACAUUUUGCUAAGAAGAGCCUUGCCUGUCGUCAUUCUCGCCCACGUCAGUGCACUGAAUGUUCUUGCAUCCCGAAGUUUGGAGACUACGCGAGGGAUCGAGGUCAUGGACAAGGAAGGCAAGGUCAUAGGCUAUUCCAGAAAAGCCGGGGCAAAGGCCGUUAAAGACACAGCCGCAUCCAGAGCCAUGCUGUUUGGCACCUCGGCUUUGAUUCCCGAAGUCUUCUCACACUUUUAUAAACAGACCCAGUUAUUCGUGCGAUUCCCACAGUCCUUGUGGACCUUGAAGCUGUCUUGUACCAUCUUGGCAAUGGGGCUGAUGGUGCCGGUUUCCUUUAGCGUCUUCCCCAAUAUCGAACGGAUACAGUGUGGUAAACUGGAAGAGGAGAUCCAGUCUGCAACAGAAGAGACAGAACUCUUCUAUAACAGAGGGGUGUAGGGGUGAGUUCAGUAUUUUACACAGUUAAUGGAGAAUCACGGUCACAGAGCUCUGCAUCGGUCCUCAGCGAUACGUUCAGACACACAGUCAGACUUUCAGCAUUUGUUCGGCUGCAGCUAGAUGGUAAAGAAAGUUUUCUGUGGCUGGUGGAAAUCGUCUCUGCUUCAGUGCCUCCAGGUUGAGAACUAGCUUUUCUCCAUCACCUGAAGCUUCCGAAAACGGUGCCAGGUUGGCGAAGAUUUCUUUUGUUUUCAGGGAAAUAUCCUUUAAUAAAAACAGGAAAACAUGCAAUAUGUUAGCACCAAAAUGA